AGACAAUAGAGGGGCCGCGGCGGGCGCGGGGGGAGCGGGGCGCGGGCGGGAGGCGGGCAGGGGGGCGAUGCCCCCGCCGGGGCGCAGCCCGCUCGUGCGCUAAGCUGGCGGCAUGCGGGAGACGGCAGCGCUGCCGCGGGGAAAGUAGCCGGGCUGGCCGGCGGCUGGAGAGCGGGACAUGCUGCCGGUGGCCUCCUGAUGCUGCCCGAGCGCUGGGUCUGCGGGCCGAGGGGAGGCUGCUGAAAGCUGGAGGAAGGCGCCGCGCCGCCACGGCGAGGGAAGCCCGCGGCUCCGGCUGGGAAACCAUGGGGAGAUGCAACGGGAGAUGCACGCUGGUCGGAUUCUGCUGCCUGCAGCUGGUGGCGGCUCUGCAGCGGCAGGUCUUUGACUUCCUGGGCUACCAGUGGGCGCCGAUCCUGGCCAACUUCCUGCACAUCAUGGCCGUCAUCCUGGGCAUCUUCGGCACCGUCCAGUACCGCUCCAGAUACCUCAUCAUGUACGCGGUGUGGCUGGUGCUCUGGGUCGGCUGGAACGCCUUCAUCAUCUGCUUCUACCUGGAGGUCGGGCGCCUGUCGCAGGAGCGCGACUUCGUCAUGACCUUCAACACCUCCCUGCACCGCUCGUGGUGGAUGGAGAACGGGCCGGGCUGCCUGGUGACGCCGGUGCUCAACUCCAAGCUGGCGCCCGAGGACCAUCACGUCAUCACCGUCACCGGCUGCCUCCUCGACUACCAGUACAUCGAGGUGGUGAGCAGCGCCGCGCAGAUAUUCCUCGCGCUCUUCGGCUUCGUCUACGCCUGCUACGUCAGCAAAGUGUUCCUGGAGGAGGAAGACAGCUUUGACUUCAUCGGCGGCUUUGACUCCUACGGCUACCAGGCGCCGCAGAAGACGUCGCACUUGCAGCUACAGCCCUUGUACACGUCCGGGUAACCUCCCGGCGCGGGAGCGAGAGGCCGCAGGAUUCCCACCCCGGAGCCGAGCAUCCCGCGGGGACGGAUGCGGCCCGAGGACUGCCCGGAGCCGGCGCUCGAGGCCGUCUCCGCUUCCUCGCCUGCUUUUCCCGCGGUGUCCGGCGAAAGACCCGCACCCCCCGGCCCCCCUCCCGGCACCCCCCGAAAGGCAGCCGAGCGGCGAGCUGAGCGCGUCCGAGGGCUCCGCUGCCUGGCUGGCUCCCAGCCAUCACCGGCGUUUCCCGGGCCCGGACCGCCGAGACGUCUCCGAGCAUCCUGCCCCGCACGGGAGAAAAAACCCCGCGACGUGCCGAGGUUCCCGCGCCCGGGGGACGCCGGGUUCCCACGGGCUUCGCGGCGGGUCUCCGGGACGCGGGGCCGGGCGAGCGCGCGUGGGAUCGUGAGCGACCCGUUUUCUUCCAUUUGUCAACCUCCCCCUUUCCGUGUUUUUAAUUUGGGCGAAGCAGCCACGGCCUUGGGGCCAAACCGGCCCUUUUCCGCGGCAACUCGGCGCCUCGGGAUAUUCGUCGAGCGUCGCAAAGCCUCGGCGUCGGGACUCAGGACGGCCGGAAAAACGAGGGGUUUUGCUCCUAAAAGGAAGACGUAAAAUCUCCGGUAGGAUAAAACGCCACCGAGGACCCGUCUCUGGCUGCCGGCGGCGAUUUCCCGCGCCGGGAAACGCCGCUGCCUCCUUCGGGCUCGGACCCCGCGGGGAGACCUCGCCGUUCCUGCCGCCCUCCCGCUUGCGGGGAGCGUUGGACUGCUUGAAUUUGGCAAUACGGACGCUGCUUUCUACGCCGCCCCUUUGCGGCCGUUUUGAUUAAUAUAACGAAUGUUUUUAUCGGAA